UACAAACUCUGCAAUCAGGAAUAAAUGCUCCUUUGGACUCCAAACCUCAACAAACCGACCCUGACUUCAGCCCCAUUGGGAACAGAAGGAAACUGGGGUCUAGUCGUAAACAUAAAGGAAAACAGCAUACCAAGGACUCUCUUGCUGAAUCAUACCACAGACUUACAGAGGCAGUUGUUGAAAAACCCAGAGAUAGUGAACCCUUUGAAACAACUCAAAUGUCAGCAACAAUAGAGACAACAGUGCAGGAAACAUCAAUGAAAACCAUGCUGGAAGGAAUGGGGACAUUUGACACUCAUCAAACUAAAGAAGACAGUGAUCAAGUCAAAGAAAAUGCACUUGUUGGCACAUUUGUUGGUGUCUCCAAGCAUACUAGUUCAAGUUUACAUUCAAGUUCAACAGUAGAUCAACAGCUAAUCAACCAAACAAGCUCCACAGAGAUGCCAGAAGAAGAACUUCCCAAUGUGUGUUCUGUUACAGAAGAAGAAAACAAGGAAAGAGACGUGGACACUGAAUUGUUCAGGCAGGACAAUUAUUUGGUGAGUGAGUCACAUUUAAAGUCAGACGGUAUAGAGUAUUCUAUCACAGCGGAGAUAGCCACAGAAAAAAGCAGCCCCAGAGAGCACACAGAGCCAAAAUGCAGUAUUGAGAAAGCAGAUUUUUCAUCAUUAAAGGAGGAGUUGUCAACAGAUGAGGAACAAAAAGAGCAUGUAAACUUUUCUAAAGUCAGAGGAGCUCAGCAUUCAGAUGAUGCUGUAAAUGAAGUGCAUGAAGAGGAGGUUAAGCCAACAGAAAUGCAAGAAAAGCCUCACAUGGAUUAUUCUUUGGUUAAGGAGAGUGAAUCUUCUUUACAAACACAGCAAUCAAAAAUGACUGCUCAUUUGGACUCCCAACCUCUGGACAAUUCUCAGGGUAUCAAAGAGCAAACUCACACAGGCUUCAAGCCCACAGCAAACAGAAGAAAAUUGGGAUCAAGCCGAAGAAAUAAAGGAAUACACCACGAACCUAAAGAAGAAUUUGCAGAAAAUACGAGGGAUGAUGAUGACCUUGCAAAUUCCAAAUUGUCACUAGGAAUGGCAAUGAGGCAGAAAGAAUUAAAAGAGCUAAGUGACCUAGACCUCAAACCUGCUAAGAAAACAAGAAAAAUUAGAUCAGCUGUUAAUGACGAAGACACGACGCCAGAAGAGGACUCAAUUUUGUCACAGAACGUUAUGGACAACAGUACAACCGUGACAACAAUAAUAAAAGAGCCUAAGAAUUUAAGUCAACUUACAGGAAAUGACACAGUUAAAAUGGACUCGAUACAAUGGAAAGAUGAUUCAAACAUACAGAAUAUCUCAUAUCAUGAUGACAACGUCACUGCCAGGUCAGUCAUGUCGGAUGUUCUUGAGCAAGAUGAAGCCUUUCAGGUCUACAACACAGAAGCUUUAACUUGUGACAAAGACUCACUGGGACAAGAAGUGAAUAUGCAACAGACAAAUGAUGCAAUAGAAACUGUGCAAGAUGUCACAAUAAGAGACUAUAGUACAGAAGUGGAGAGUUUUGUAGAUAUACAAGUUUCUGGACAGGAUGACGUUGCAGAAACAAUUGAACAUCCUACAAAAAAAGACCAUGAAGCCCAAGAAAUGACUGCUUCACUGGAGAUCACACGUGCCGCAAACAACAGAACUAUCACUUGGGCUCCAUUUGACAAGGAAAACUUCAGAAAAGCAGAGCCAGCUGGGGAUAUGCCAGAGGAAAGUGGAAUUUCUACAGCAGUAGGUGCAAGUGACAACCAACAAGGGAUACAAAAAAUAAACAAUUUAGAAAAUGGUGUAAAUUUGCAAGGAAGAUCCAAAGAGAAGAGGAGAAAGAUGGGCUCUACUCGCGGGUCUCAACUCAAUAGAAAACCACGGGCAGGAAUGGACAACAAAGGUGAAACAAAAGAAAGCAACUUAAACAUAGAAGCUGACAUGAGAAGUCUUGACAAGAUGGAAGAAGUGGAAGAGUUACCAAUGAAUGUAACUACAGAGGUAUCACAGAAUGAAAAUGCAAACCCAUCAUUGAGUCCCGUGUGUAAAGAAGAACUGGAAGCCAGCACUGUUCACGACAAAGGGCAAAAGCUACAAAGCAGUGCCUCUGAUCUGCAGAGUCUACAGAGCAGUAUAUUAGACACAGAUGAUUUAAAGGAUCUGCUUCCUGAGCAAUCUUUCACCCACAAUGAAGAAGAUGCUUGUCCUGUUAACUUUGUUCAGGCAGCUGAUGUAAGGGACAGUGAUCUGAGUACACAAAAUGAUGAGGAAAGGCCAGAGUGUGUGAAUGUAAUCCAGAACCAAGCUUUGACAUCUGCAGGAGCACCAGUUGUGACUGCGGUAGAUUUGGAAAUAGUGAAAUCUGUAAUCAGAGGAGGAGCUGGAGAAGAGCAUAAAAUUUGCCAGGGUUUACAAGAGCCAAGCAACGUGAAUGAAGUAGUUCAUGAUAAAAAUCCUGAGAUGAAGAAUGCAAGUCCCAAUUUAAAUUCAACCAACAGGAGAAGAAAGAUGGGGUCCACCCGCAAGAAUCUUGGAUCACAAACCAAAGGGAAAGAUUUGCUUCAAAACCAGAAGGUGGAUGAUGAGGCAAGAGAGACUGCAACAAAUGUUGGAGAUAUAAAGAAUGAAAGUUUCUCAGGUAUCAAAGAAGAAGAGCUACAACUUCAACUAGAAUACAAAGACAGUGACUCUGAACAAAGGAAAGAAAAAGUAUUUGAAACAGUGGCGUACAGCCACACUGGUGAGUCUCACUUCAAACCUCCGGCUCACCAGACAUUUGAAGAAAAUCCUGUUUCUCAUGGCCAACCUGGAGAAACAGAGCAUCAGCUACACCCCAGGUAUGUCCCUGCAAUACCAUCCACUUCUCCCAAACAUGAUGUGAUGUCAGAAACAGAAUCUGGUAGGAGGAAAAGAAAAAUGGGAUCGCACCGGAAGUCACGUGGACACCAAAACAAUGAAAACCAAGCUCCAGGAGGGGACAGAACAACAGAUACAUAUGGGAGAGAUGCCGGAAGUAUCACAGAUGAAAGUGCCGUCAAGACCAAUGAAGAAGAAUCUUUGGGCCUGGACAAAAUAUCAGAGGUCACUAAAAGUUACGAGAAAGCAUCACCCAGCACCUCAAAGGCAGGAGAGCACUCAAGGGCUGUGAGUGAGAAGACGCUUGAACGAGUGACUGCAGUUCAACAUCCUUAUGCUGAAAUCCACCUUGCUCAAGAGAGUCAAAAUACGUUUUCUCUGGCAGGUAAUUCCGGGGGAGCAGAUCUCAGAUCAAACAGUUACAAUGUGGUGAUGGUUGGAGACAGCAGUGUGGGUAAAACCUCCUUCAUGAAAAGAGCUCAAAGUGGAAAGUUUUCUUUAGAUUUGCCUGCCUCUGUUGGACUUGAUUCCUGCAUGUGGACAGUGGUAGUGGAUGGAAAACCUGUGGUGCUACAGUUGUGGGAUACAGCAGGUCAAGAAAGGUUUCACAGCAUCACAAGACAGAUUUUCCAUAAAGCCCAGGCAUUUCUCUUGAUGUAUGACAUCAGUUCCUCUCAGAGUUUUUCUGCCAUCAGCUACUGGGCAAGCUGUAUUCAGGAAGGUGCUGCAGAAAACGUGACCAUUUUACUUCUUGGGAAUAAAAGUGAUCAUGCAGAACGUCAGGUUAAAACUCAGCAGGGGGAAAUUCUAGCUAAGGAGUACAACUUUGAAUUCAUGGAGUGCAGCGCUGCCACAGGUGAAAACGUGAUUCAGUCUUUGGAAACUAUGGCCAGAAUGUUGAGUCAAAAAGCUGACACAAGAGAGGAAGCAAUGGUGUUACACAAGGAGCCCCAACAGAAAAAAUCAUCAGGAUGUUGCUGAACAGAUGCAGGUCUAAAACUGGGACUCAAACCAUCUUUAGUUCUUUCAAUCUGUUUUAUUACAAAUUGUAUGAAUUUAUGCAAAUAUAUGUUAAAUUUUCUUUUGACAUUAACCUUUCUACCAAGCCUCACGAGAAAAUUACUAAUUUAGAGAACAAUACAGAUGACAGCUUGAGAGUAUGAUAUUCCUAUAGUUGCAAAAAAUAUACUUUUUGAAAUGGCACAUUUUCAGAAAUUUCACUGGGAGAGGAAGUCCCAGAGGGUGUUUUGAUGUGUCCAUACUGUGUACCUUUAUGUAUAUACUAUACUGUACAGCUGGUACGGGCUUUCUUUAGAGGCAGGUCAAGGAUUUUCCUUCGGGAACAUGAAUCUUCCCUUUGAUGUAUUUAACCAAUCUCUCUGGGAAACUUUUAGUACUUUAGCACUUUCUGUUUCAGGUCUUGGGUCCUCAGAAAAAGAAGUUUCCACGAAGAAAAUACUCUUUAUUGUAUUUGUAUAACUGCGUUUCUCAACACUGUCUAUACUUUAAGCUUAAUAAUUUUACUUAUACACAAAUAUAUAUUAAAUGUGUGUGUGUAUAUAUCUUUAAAUUUUUCUGUUGCUGAAUCUUAACUGGCAAAUUUAGAUUAUAUUUUUAUAAUAAAUGUUACUUUUUGUCUUUUUUGUCAUUUCAGUGUUACAAGCACCUUGUGCAAUGUGCCUGUGAACAAGCCCAUCAUUUCAUUUUUGUAGCCGUUUAGCACACAGCCUUUGUCAAUAAUUACAUUUAAAAUGAUUUUGUAUGUUGUUUACCAUCUGUUCUAAAUGAAUGGCAUACUUGGAUUUGUCACACAGCUGCCAGACCGACAAGAUAACCAUAAAUACAUUUCAUGGCUCUAUAAUUAAAGACAGUGGUCAUAAAGUAUUUAAUGGGCUUUAAAAAUACAUCAAAUUAUUUUUGUGUUUUGUGUGCAUUUCCCUUGCUAUAUACCUUUAAUCAAUAGCUCUGACAUCAUGUCUCAUGCUUAAUAAACCUCCAGAACGUC